AAGAAAACAGUCAUAUCCUCAGCGUAGAAGUGUAGUAAAGACGGUCUCAGCGGAGCAGACGCCCUCCUAACAGCUCUCAUACAGGACUGCAGCAGGACUUUACACAUCUGUUCAGGAUGAUCAGAACUCCACAGGACGACAUCGAGGAAAUGGAGGAAGAAGCAGCAGCUAACUAUGUUAAUGCUCCAGCACGCACUGGGAAGAAAAUGGCCGCUCGUCCAGGCCAGACGUCUCGCUGCUUCUCUCAGUCUUUUCUACCCAUAGCAGUGUGUUGGCUGAUACUGUUGGUCAUCAUGGGCCUCCGUAUCUACUUUACCAAUCGCAACCUCAACAGCAGUGUCUUCGAAAAACCGACCACAAACCUGACAGCAUUAAACCAGGAGCUGGAGUCACGAAACCAGGAGCUGGAGUCACGAAACCAGGAGCUGGAGUCACGAAACCAGGAGCUGGAGACACAAAACCAGGAGCUGGAGACACAAAACCAGGAGCUGGAGACACGAAACCAGGAGCUGGAGACGGAGAUGAAGAACUUAAAAGGACCGAUACCAGACAUGAGUCGAGCUCAGUGGAGCAUCGAUGAAUACUGCCCCAAAGUAAAGAAGGGUAUGUUAAGAUCACAAUAAUGAGAUCCAAUAAUA